AUGACGACAGGAGCGGACCCGCGCAACCUCAUCGUCAAUUACAUCCCCACGCCCGUUUCGGAUGAGUCGCUGCGUCGGCUCUUCGAACGGUUUGGCCCACUGGUGUCCGCCCGCGUCAUUCGUGACCGGAAGAAGGGCGAGCACCCAAAGGGGUACGGGUUUGUGGUGUACGCCGACCCCGAGUCGGGACUCGCAGCCAUGGAGGCGAUGAAUGGGUUUGAAAUUCACAACAAACGCCUGCGCGUGUCUCCCGCGUUUGGGCCGGGGAACGCGCAGAGCAAAAGUACGACUAGCCCCGGGGUCGCGGCGCAGGAGAGGAGGCUGGGCGGGUACAUGGCGCCUUUGCCGUCAGCCGAGGCACGUGCCCCGUUGCAGCAUGCAGUGGGCCCUGUGGACUUGGGCCCUCGCCGUAGGGAACCCGCCGUCGUGCCUUUUCAAGGGAUGCCGCCGCUUUCGUUUUCCCAAACCUUCUGCGCGCCUCCGCUGGUGCUGUCGUCACAGAAGUUAACUAUCAUGAAUGCUGUUCCUGUGCAGUUUUAUGCGGCGCCAAACUUUGUUUUUGCUCCGGCGGCAGAUGGAACGCGAUUGGUGGCAACGGCACUGCACCCGCAGGGCUCAACCGCGCCGAACUACUCCCCUCCGCCCCCAACUCCGCCGUCGCUGAUUGCCGUCCCCAACACCGCGGGGAGCAGUAACGUAACCUACGCACGUCUGAACGGCACGACCCUCACUAACAGUAAUAACGUGCGUCUUGGCCACAACGGCGACAGUGGCAUUCGGAGGGUUCCGUCACAGGCGGCAACAACGAUCCGGUUUCCAAGUGAAUCCUCCUACCCGGCCCUGCUGCAGCCGCUCUCCUUCCCACCCUCGGUUUCGCUGCUCCCAGCGUCGGAUCCAACGAUGCCCGGCAGCGGCUCAACGUACUUCUCGUCGCUGGGGUCGCUCGAAGUGGCAAGCGUCACCGCCAGCAGCAAGCCAUGA